UCGGCAGGAACUACAUCUCCCAGCAGGCAGUGGCGACAGGCGCAGGCUCUCUUCGUCUGAAGAUGCGGAAGGGUCGGUGACGUCACGGCGAUGGCGGAGGUUCGAUUCACCUUUCAUUAAAAUAUUUAAUAAAAGAUGGGAGUUCAAGGACUUUGGAAACUGCUGGAGUGCUCUGGAAGACCUAUAAACCCGGAAACACUGGAAGGAAAAAUUCUUGCUGUUGAUAUCAGCAUUUGGCUGAAUCAAGCUGUUAAAGGCGCAAGGGACCGCCAUGGAAAUUCCAUCCACAAUGCUCAUCUCCUCACUUUGUUUCACCGACUUUGCAAGCUGCUAUUCUUUCGGAUCCGUCCUGUCUUCGUUUUUGAUGGAGAAGCACCACUUUUGAAGAGGCAAACUUUGAGCAAGCGAAGACAACGAAAAGAAGUUGCAGCCACUGACUCCAAGAAAACUACGGAGAAACUUUUGAAAACUUUCCUGAAACGACAAGCUGUCAAAACGGCGCUAGCAGGCAAGAGGCAAGAACAUCCCCUCCAUGUGUGUUUCCCCAGCCUUUCAGAAAUAAGAAGAGAAGAAGUCGAUGAUAUUUAUGUUUUGCCUUCUUUACAAGAAGAUGAAAAAGAUAGCUCAGAAGAGGAAGAUGAAAAGGAAUGGGAGGAGAGAAUGACACAGAAAAAGAUACUGCAGGAAGAACUGUUUGAAAACCCUCACUCUGUAGACGUUGACUCAGAAGAUUUCCUGAGCCUGCCCCCUGAAGUAAAGCAUGAGAUCCUCACUGACAUGAAGGAAUUCACAAAACGAAGAAGAACUUUAGUCGAGGCAAUGCCGGAGGGAUCCAGUGACUUCUCCCAGUAUCAGCUAAAGGGAUUGCUUAAGAAAAGCAGCUUAAACCGUCACAUAGAAAAGGUGCAGAAGGAGAUGAAUGAUCAGCACUCGGGCCAAAUCCAGAGCCAGUAUGAAGACGACGGGGGUUUCUUGAAAGAAGUGGAGACCAGGAGGGUUGUGUCUGAAGAUACUUCUCACUACAUCUUGAUAAAAGGUAUCCAGUCCAAAGGAGAUACCUCCAGAGGUCCGGUGACGACACCUGCAGGCCGUUCUUCCACAGUACCUGAGGAGUCGAAGCCUAGUAGGAAUGUUAACGAGGCUCAGGUUCAUGUCAAGCCACCUCCAAGUGAUCUCUUAAAGGCCGAAUCAAGCAGCAGUACUUACCCGGAACCUCCUUCUCCCAGAACGGUGCUUGCUAUCCAGGCUGCGAUGCUGGGAAGCAGUUCAGAGGAGGAAUUGGAAGAUGAAAACAAAAAUCGGCUUGAUUCAGAUAAACCCUGGUUUGGCCCUAGCACAGAUGCUGGCAAUGUGUCCCCAAGAACUCUGAGGGCUAUUCGGAAGGCUUUAUGUGAGGAGGAAGAGGAUGUUAGAGUAGCUCUUACCAGUACUGCUGGUGAUAGUGAAGGAGAAAGACCUUCUGUGAAGGACCUUCUUUCCAGUAGCUCAGAUGAGGAGGACCAGGCCCUUGAAGUUCAGAGUGCGAAAGGGCUUCCAAUUUUGCCUAUUGGGCAAUCAGGAAAUCGAAUCAUUACCCAAGAGAGCAAAUUGGAUCAAAAAGUACUCUUGUUGGAAAGGGAUCAGAGCGUACCUGAAAGCCUGCUCAUCGAAAAAGGACUUUCUCCUGGGGCAGAUAGGGAAGGACGAGGUGUGGGAACCCAGGCUUCCAAAACAGAUGUGAAUUCGGCGCAAGUUGGGAAUAGAAACAGUGGUGUGCAGCAGCCAGUCAGGUCUUUGACACCGCCGUCUCUGUCAGUCUCCUCAACCGAUUCCAAAAUUAGACAAGCCGAACCUUUAAGGGAAUUGGUUCACCAGCUAGAAAAAAAGAGCUCCUGUAUGCCGCACGAAGUUGUGUUUGCUUCAGAAACGGCACAUCGUAGCGAAGAAAGGAUGGAACAUCGAUCGCAGUCUGAAGAGAGUGAUUCUGAUGAUAGCUUCAUUGAAGUGGAAGCUGAACUAACUGGUGAACCUCAACGUGAAACCCUUGAGAAGUCACCUGUUUCCGCUGAACAGGAGGAAGAGACAGCAUCUGAAGAUGCAGCAGAGAGCAACGGUGCUGUGGAGAGCCCACCAGAAAACACUGGCGAAGAUGCAGAGCUGGCUCUGCAAGAAGAUGCUGAAAUCAAAGGCCAGGCGGAUGCGGCAGUUAAUGAAUGGCAGGAUAUUAAUACGGAGGAAUUGGAAGCCCUGGAAAUGAAUCUUUCUGUCGAACAAAACACGCUUCAGGCUCAGAAACAACAGCAGGAACGUAUUGCUGCCACUGUGACGGGACAGAUGUUUUUAGAAAGUCAGGAGCUUCUACGCCUCUUUGGCAUUCCGUACAUUGAGGCCCCUAUGGAAGCAGAGGCUCAGUGUGCUGUCUUGGACCUCACUGAUCAAACCUCUGGGACCAUCACAGACGACAGUGACAUUUGGUUGUUUGGAGGACGGCAUGUGUAUAAAAACUUCUUCAGUCAAAACAAGUAUGUGGAAUAUUAUCAGUUUGUGGACUUCCAGAAUCAGCUAGGCUUGGAUCGGAACAAGUUAAUAAAUUUGGCCUACCUACUUGGCAGUGAUUACACAGAAGGCAUUCCUAACGUUGGUUAUGUAACGGCGAUGGAAGUCUUGAACGAAUUCCCUGGACGAGGAAUGGAGCCUCUCUUCAAACUUAUGGAAUGGUGGGCUGAGGCUCAGAAGAGCAAGAAAACGAGGCCCAACCCGUACGAUACUAAAGUGAAGAAAAAAUUGCGGCAGUUGCAGCUUGGACCUGGUUUCCCAAACCCUGCAGUAGCAGAAGCUUAUCUGCGCCCUGUGGUGGAUGAGUCUAAGGGAUCCUUCAUUUGGGGAAGACCCGACUUGGAACAGAUCAGAGAAUUUUGCCAGAGUCAUUUUGGCUGGACGAAGUUAAAAACAGAUGACCUCCUACUGCCUGUCCUUAAACAGAUGAAUGCUCAGCAGACUCAGCUCCGCAUUGACUCAUUCUUCCGAUUAGCGCAAGCAGAGAAACAAGCCAUCAAGAGUCAAAGGCUCCGCAGGGCUGUGACUUGUAUGAGGAGGAAAGAGAAGGAAGAAGAGCAAAGUGAAGCCCUGGAGGCAACUACAGUCCUAGAGCAGGAGUUUAAGCGGAGGAAAGGGAAGGUAGAGCGAGGCCCAGAUGGAGUCCACAGGUGGCGGGGAAAGAGGAAAAAGUGCCCCUCACCUACAGAGCAGAGUUCUUCAGGCGGAGGCUUUAUAGGGGAGAUUGAGCUUUCGGAGGCAUCUAGUGAGGCAUCUGUUGAAGACCUGGGGAAGGAAGCCUCAGAGAAGAGCAAAAGAAGGAAAACUGCAAAGACGCUCAAAGCUGACGCAGGAAGUUGUGAAACCAACGUGGAGCUUGAACCAACACGGGAUGAAGCAGGGGAUAGCAGCUCCAGUGCAGACGAGGAAAUGUCUAUGGUGACAGCCAGACCUGUUUUUGAGGGCAAAAAAGCAAAGGGCAAGUCUUCAAAGGGAAGGAGUAGGAAAUAAGUUCUACUCGCUAGUAAUGUACAUUGGAUUUUUUUGUUAAAAAAAACUAUAAAUAGCACAAUGUAACUUUCAUUAGGAGAAGAUGAAUUCCCUCUCUUCCUCAACUCCCACCUCCAUUAACUUUUUUUUUUUUUUUUUGGUAUAUAUUGGCACUAUUUACAUCAGAGAACUGCUAACGGGUGGAAUUUUUAAACCUCUUUAAAAGGAUAAUAUGAAUUUUUGCCCCAUCGAGAAAAAUAAAUGUGAGUUUGCCUCCCUUGAGAAGUU